AUUUUGUCUACAUCCUGUACUCACACCCGCUCUCAUCAAAUUUUAUCUUUCACAGCGUUCUGUUCUCUAUCGUUCCCUCGCUAUAAUAUUGAUUCGUUUGGAGAUUAAGAUUAUAAAAAGUAAGAAAAAUAUAAUAGCUUAUAUUGUAGUGAAAAAUAAAAAAAAAAUAAUAAUAACAAUAAUAAUGACGCCGGAGGGAUAUACGCGAGUGUACGUCGGCGGUCUGAAUGACACGAUCAAAAAGGAAGAUUUACAAACAGAGUUUGAAAAAUUUGGGAAAUUAAAUAAAGUAUGGGUGGCAUUUAAUCCGCCAGGUUUCGCAUUUAUUGAGUUUUUGAGAGUCGACGAGGCUGAGUUAGCUUGCAACAGCAUGAACGGUUCUGAAAUAAUGGGAGCCAAGUUGAGGGUCGAGAUAUCUCGUGGUCCCGGUCGAAGUAGAAGUAGAGGCGGUGGCGGCGGCGGGGGUGGGUUCAGAGGUCAAUCCGGCGGCGGCAGAGGCGGUUUCGGCGGUUCGCGUAGAUCUUACGGCGGAGGUGGCGGCGGUGGUGGUUAUCACCGUGAUAACAACUCGUACGGUAAUCAAGGCGGCAAUACCAAUAGUUAUCAUUCAGGCAGGGCGGGUGGUGGUGGUCCGAAAUACAGUAGAGGACGAUUCGGGGGUGAUAACAAUUACUCUGGUGGAAGAAACAAUACCGGGUACGUGCCCGGAGGUAAUGCUUAUUCCCAACAAGGAUACAACAAUUCUGCUGGCAACGGAGAUGCAACUGUUGACUAUUAUAAUAGAAGAAAUAAUAAGGAUUCCUCAUCAGCCUCCUCUAGAUACCGGAAUCGAUCACCGGCUGGACGCGGCAGUCAUCGUCAUCUUCGUGAAUGCACGUAAAAGAGUUUGAAGCUGCGACAGUUCUACGUUACCACUGCAAUAAGAGUGGCUAAUUAUUAUAAAUCAUCUACUUCUUGCUUGUCCCCUCGAUGACUACCACGACCACCACCACCAUUACCACCCGUUGUUCUGGCCAAUCUACACAGCUACGUGUAUAUAUAUACAAAAAAUAUGAAAACAAAAUUACAGACAUUAUUGUAACAACAUUCUAAUCAAUUAAUUAAGUUAAUCAUAUACAUAAAUUAGUCUUACGGUGAUUAAACUCAUCAAAUUUGUGUAUGUUACACUUUUUUAAAAAUCUAUUUUUCAUAUUACGUUUAUUACAUAUUUAAUUAAUCAAUAUCAUCUUAUAUUUCCUCUGGUAGUUGUUUACUUUUUACUUACCUUUGCCUUUAAGGAAAAAAAAAUUAAAUUUAGAACACACAUUUUUAAUACGCAAAAGUUAAAAAAAUUUUAUAAUAAAAU